AGAGAGAGAGAGAGAGAGAGAGAAGGAGGAACAGGCACUACGCAUUAAGCGGUGAACCGUGGUUGACUCGACACACUUCUCUCUGAAGGCACACUCUCGCACUCAUCGAGAGAGAGAGACACACACAGAGAGAGCGAGCGAGCGAGGGAGAGAGAAUAGAGGAGAAGUUUGAGCGCAGGAUUGUUCUGGUAUGGCUCAAGGCUCUGACAGCAACGACACCAGCUACACCAAAUCCCCUUCACCGGGAAACAAACAGGGUUCAUCAGACGACAUGAGGAAGGUGAUGAGGAGAGAGAAGAAUCGCAUCGCGGCCCAGAAGAGCAGGCUGAGGCAAACGCAGAAGGCUGACAGCUUGCACCUGGAGAGCGAGAAUUUGGAGAAGGAGAACGCCGCUCUGAGGAAGGAGGUGAAGAGGCUGACGGAGGAGGCCAAGUAUCUGUCCACGGUGCUGAGCAACCACGAGCCGCUGUGCACAGGAUUAAGCCACGCCCCCUCGGACCUGAUCUACGGUGCGCACGCGCCUUUCCACCAGCACAUCAACGUCCCGCACUACCCGCUCUGACUGGCCACGGCGGGAGAACUUUAACGGGUUCUUUAAGUACUUUCAGGAGGGCCAUCGACGAUUAUGGGGAGGGAAAGGGCAGAACUGCGCCACCUGCUGGUUGGGUUCGAAAACACUCUGAAUCGUCAUUCAGGGGUGGGGGUGGGGGGUUUAAUAGAGUUUAUAACAGUAGAAUAUAGUAUGACAGCAGUAUUUAUACAGUAUUUAUACAGUACAACAUUUUCAACUGUGAGGAUUACAAUGCAAAUGAUUGUUAAUACGAUCCAUACAACAGAGUUUAUAGCCUGUAUUUAUUUCUGUGUCUGACCUCCGACGCGCGGUCAGCUGUCACUAAACAUGGGACGCGCAUCACCUCCGAUUCCCUGUUAACCUAUGUUUUGAACGUAAACAGCAGGGGGCGCUCUGACCACUUUCCCUCCCUAUGAUCACGACGGGGUGAAUAAAAAGAUGACAAACCUACGAUUCACAACUACGUGGAACAACCGAAGCUUACUCACAAUGUGACUACUGACGGACGAGGCCUCAUGCUGCCCUCAAGUCCCGGCGGGAACUCCGCGAUCACGAGACGCGGCGUCGGAACCGCUAGCGGGACGCUGGGAUUCGUAAACCAGCCCUGAAAGCGUAGAUGCAGAACAGAACGUACCGUAAAGUGUUUAUUUCCGUUAUUUUACAGUGAAGCGUGAACGGUCGCACGCUAAACUGCUAAUGGCUUCUUCUCAUCUACGCUGCUCAGAAUGUUCUCUCAGGGUUCUUUAGUAAAGACAGUAGUUCUGUAGAACCAUAGGCACUCACAGAACCAUAAUGAGUGCUUAAAAGGCUCUGUGUGUGGGGAAAUGGUUCUUCAGAUUGAUGGAGAAGGUGUUGCAUGACAAAUGGGUUCUGCUAUCGUAUAUAAGUAUAUACAGUCGUAACGAUGGUAGAACCCUUUUUGGGCCUAUAAAGAACCACUUCUGUAUAGAACUAUAUACACAUUCUCUAUCAAUCUGAAGAACCAUUUCACCAUGAAGAGAACCUUUUUUUUGGAAAGGGGAUCUAUACAGAGCCACCUUUUUAAAGACUAUAUAGAACUCUUUUAAAAAAAAACAUGUUUUGAAAAAGGGUUUAGAACCAUAUGGUUCUAUACAGAAUCCCUUAAGCUUGCAAAUGGUUCUUUUAAUUUUCAUGGUUUCAUCUAGAACCAUUUACUAAAGGUUCUUUAUUAAAGAACCUUUGAAGAACCAAGAACCAUCUUUUUUAAAGAGUAUAUGGUUCUAUACAGAAUCCCUUAAGCUUGCAAAUGGUUCUUUUAAUUUUCAUGGUUUCAUCUAGAACCAUUUACUAAAGGUUCUUUAUUAAAGAACCUUUGAAGAACCAAGAACCAUAUUUUUUAAAGAGUAUAUGGUUCUAUACAGAAUCCCUUAAGCUUGCAAAUGGUUCUUUUAAUUUUCAUGGUUUCAUCUAGAACCAUUUACUAAAGGUUCUUUAUUAAAGAACCUUUGAAGAACCAAGAACCAUCUUUUUUAAAGAGUAUAUGGUUCUAUACAGAAUCCCUUAAGCUUGCAAAUGGUUCUUUUAAUUUUCAUGGUUUCAUCUCGAACCAUUUACUAAAGGUUCUUUAUUAAAGAACCUUUGAAGAACCAAGAACCAUCUUUUUUAAAGAGUAUAUGGUUCUAUACAGAAUCCCUUAAGCUUGCAUAUGGUUCUUUUAAUUUUCAUGGUUUCAUCUAGAACCAUUUACUAAAUGUUCUUUACUAAAGAACCUUUGGAGAACCAAGAACCAUCUUUUUAAGGGUGUCCGUGACGAUUUUUUUCACUAUUCAGUGUGAAACCUUACUGAACACAGCGUGGACUCCCGGCUCUCACAGGAGCACGAUGCGCCUUUUCUUUAACGAUUAUUUUUUUUUUUAAUCAUGAUACUAUUUUUUUUCCUAAUGUGUGACAUGUUCAGUCUGAUAAGCCGGAACAGGUGAAAAGGAAACCGUAGUUUUAUUUAUUUUUACUAUCCAAAAUUAUGACUGUGGUGAUUUUUCGAUGCAAAGUGCCUCUCUGUCCACAAGGCGGCGCCAUAAACAGUAAAGCAGCUCUGUGAAAGCAGUGUGCAUCAAUACCGAUCACUACAUCGACAGAUAUCACGGCGCCUGUGUGUUUCAUUUUGCGACCACUGAAAUGUCACGUAGUACUUCCGAAUGACUUCCGAGCGACUUCCAAACUUCCGAGCGACUUCCGAACUUCCAAGGGGCUUGAAGGCAGCAUUAGUUCCGCUCCAUACAUAUCCUAACGACAAAAUCCAUGACUUACGUUUGUUCUUUGUGGAAUAGAAAGUAUUUUAUGAUAAAACGAGUAAAUAACCGAAUAAAGAAAUGAAUAAUGUAUCUUUCUAAGUGUUGCUUUGAACUGAAUGUUGUUGGUGCAUGACGAUGACGUACUGAAUGUGUUUAUUGUGUUUACUUGUACGCUAGUGUUCACGAAGCCAGCAGUCCAGUGUUUUCACUCCUCACCGGUUCCCUGUCCGGCCGGUGACCGUGUCUGAUUCUUUACGCUGUGCAGACUCAGAAUUCACAGAAGUGUCUGUUUGUGUUUCUUUCUCUCCGAUGACUUAGUCUGCUGAAGAGUAGGUGUUUACACUAAGCCUCGAUUGAGACUGAAUUUUGGGACUUUCGGACAGCCACGCCAGUGACCGCAUGACCUUUUCACCACCUGCUGCCAAAUCACACUCACCGCUUUACUGUCUGUCUGUCUGUCUGACGUGGAGAUGAACACAGUGAUCGGACUGUAAAUGCCUCAGUUUGAGGAAAUCUUUCAAAAAAUAAAGUAAACAAAUGAUUAAAA